AUGGGCAGACGCCUGCCGUGGAAGACAUCCACGACUCCUUCGAGCGCCGAUAAGAAACCGUCCGUGAAGUCGGAUAGCCCACGCGCUGCGCGAACUAACUCACCGAGCCUGCCGUCAGCCUCAACCCCGGCGUCGUUCAUCAAGAAACCGCGUCGCGAUCGCGUCAUUGACGAUGAAGAUGAUGUAAGGAGCCCAUCCACGUCACCGCCGCCAGAACCACCACCAGAGAGAUUCAUGAGACCCGGCCCUCAACAUGAUGACCGCUACCGCAUGGUUGAGGACGAGUUCCUCAACAUGGCUCACCAGUUCACCACGCAUCUUCACCGCGCAGAGUACAACCGCCUCAAGUCCCUAGCCAAGAGCCAAAACGCCGACACCAUCCGCGAGAUUGAGCGUCCUGUAAUCGGGGCACCCACACUCCUUGCUCGGCGAAGGCAGGAAAGCGCGCGGCGUGCCGUUAAACAGCGCGGAUUCAUGCGUAACGGCGAUGAAGAAGAGAUGCCGUUCGUGGGGAGAAGUCUGAAGGGCUUGAUGGAGAGUCCCAGAAAGGAGCACAAAUGGAUAUCAGGCGGCAUGGCCGGGGCGGCGGCUACGAGGGCAGCAGCUGGGUUCGAUUCACAGAAGUUGAGCCCAGUCAAGCUAAGAGCAACUCCGAAGGCGUUCUCGUCCAAGAAGCGUCAACUACCCGCUGCAGAUGACGAGGAGACGGACGACGGAGAGGAUCUGGACCUUUCCACGCCCUCUCGGACACCCAUGGUGAAAUCAAGUCGCACCGCGCAAACUUCAUCUCCAGUCAUGGCUCGGUCAGCGACAAGGCCAGCAUUUGGCACUCCUCGACCCUUGAGCACGACCACCACUAAUACCCCAAGAACAAGCUCGAGUACAAGGCGACCAACUACAGCAUCCAGCAAAACCGAGACGCCUUAUAUCGGUAAAGCAUCCAAGCACAAAGAUAUCCAUGAUGAUGACGAGGACGACGACCCAUUUGGGAUCAAGAAGCGGAGAAUUCAGCGGCAAAAGUCAAAGGAGCAAGUUCGCAAGGUGGAACAGCAAACGCCCGUCAAAAAGAGGUCUUCUCUCGACGACAUUCCCUCUUUUAUAUGA